AUGCGAAAUGACUUUCUAGCAUCUUACACAGAUAAGAAGAUUCAAGAACCGUAUUCGGACCUUCAAAUGCUUGUGCAAUUUUUGCGACACAUCGCUGGCAGGGAGGACAGGGAAACCAGCAUGUCCUCGGAGCUUUUCUCUAAAAUCGUAGACAAGCUAGCAAACGACCAUCUACGGGACAGAGACAUCCAUCGACAAGCUGCUGAGCAACAGGACGCCGAUUUAAGCUGCAAGCAGGACAUAAUUAAAUGCUACUAUGAGGCUAUGCACAUGAUGCAGCGGCCACUUAGCAAAAGGACGCCGCAUCUCUUCGCAGCGUCCCACUUGAGCGAGCGGGUACCCACAUACACUGUCUUCGGCGGACAGGGUAACACCCAUGAGUAUUUCACGGAACUCCGAGGCCUAUAUGCGACGUAUGGGUGUUUGCUAGACAAUCUACUGGAAUUUGGAAGCAUGAUCCUCGGGCAACUUCUGAAUGACGAGACGGUCGUUGACCAAUAUCCCCUUGGUCUUGACUUUUUCAAGUGGCUGAAGGAGCCCCAGACGACGCCAAACUUGGAGUAUCUCCUCAGCGCCCCUGUCAGCUUCCCACUUAUCGCCCUCGGCCAGCUCGCAAGCUUCUACGUUGCUUGCAAGAUCUGGAACCUCACUCCCGGAGAGGUCGUUGAGAACCUUGAAGGCUCGACAGGCCAUAGCCAAGGCAUCGUUGUCGCGGCAGGCAUCGCUACUUGCAGGACAUGGGAUGACUUCAAGGGUACGUUCCGAUCAUGCCUUGUCACUCUUUUCUUCACAGGAUGUCGCUCCCAGCAACAGUUCCCUCUGAAGACUGCUUGGCAGAAGAUGGUUCAGGAUGAUGCCGAGCCAACAGAAGAGCCCACUCCUAUGAUGAACGUCAUGCACAUGUCCCGCAUUGAGCUGGAAAAGCAGGCCAAGGCUUUUAACCAGCAUGUACCCGAGAACAAGCGUGUCGCUAUCGCGCUCGUCAACAGUCCUACGAACAUAGUCUGCGGAGGGCCACCCGAGUCAUUGAAGAGCUUCACAUCAUGGCUAGAGGGCGUCAAAAAGGUGCAACAGAAAGUUAAGACUAUGAGUGGCAAGGUUCUGACUACGAGGUUCCUUCCGGUUACUGCACCAUUCCAUACCUUCUACCUUGCCAACACCCGCAACAUAAUCGUAGCUGAUAUCGUUCGCUACAACAUCGCCGUCAAGCCUUCAGACCUCCUUAUCAGCGUCUACGACUCUAAUACUGGUCGUGAUCUGCGUGAGCUUGAGGAAGAAGCCCUCUUCCCCAUCCUCAUCUCAGCGAUCACCACCGAGAUGGUCGACUGGCCUGGCGCUACAAACUUCCCCACCAUGUCUUGCAUCAUUGAUUUUGGCCCCGGUGAGACAAGCGGCGUUGGCACUCUGCUCCACCGCUCGAAGGAGGGUACGGGCACACGAGUCAUCCUUGCCGGGCCUCUUGAAGGAAGCCUGCCGCAUGUUGGAUAUAAGCCUGAUCUCUUCAAUCCGCCGUCUUCUGACUCUCGCCAGAAGCCUGCAGACUGGCUGCGCGACUUUCAACCUUCACUAUUGACUGACGCGUCCGGAAGAACCAUCGUUAACACCAAGAUGAGUCAGUUGCUCGGUACACCGCCGCUCAUGGUCGCGGGUAUGACACCGACUACGAUCCAUCCAGACUUCGUCGCCGCGAUCAUCAACGCUGGCUACCACGUCGAGCUGGCUGCUGGCGGCUACCAUCAGGAAGACGAUUUUGUAAAGGCUAUUCGCACGAUUGAGCAACUAAUACCGGCUGGGAAGGGUCUUACAAUCAACGUCAUCUAUUCCGCGCCACGACAAAUUGGAUGGCAGAUCCCGUUGAUCAAAAAGCUUAUCUCACAAGGAACUUUAAUUGAUGGCAUCACUCUCGGGGCUGGAGUACCAUCAAUUGAGAUUGCGGCUAACUAUAUCAAUGAACUCGGUAUUAAGCACAUUUCUUUUAAGCCUGGCAAUGUGAGCGCCAUUCAAGAAGUUAUUAGAGUCGCUAAGGAGCACGCUGAGUUCCCGAUCAUGCUACAGUGGACUGGUGGACGAGGAGGUGGUCAUCACUCUAGCGAGGACUUCCAUGCUCCUAUUCUUCACACUUAUGCUGCAAUCAGGCGCUGCCCCAACAUCAUCCUCAUCGCAGGAUCAGGGUUCGGCGGAGCUGACGACACAUACCCUUACCUCACUGGGUCAUGGGCGUCGAGGUUCAACCAGCCUCCUAUGCCCUUCGACGGUGUUCUCUUCGGUUCGCGCAUGAUGGUCGCUAAAGAGGCUCACACCUCGCUCGCGGCCAAGGAAGCUAUCGCCGCCUGCCAAGGUGUCGAGGAUGCGAUGUGGCAGCAAUGUAAAGACAUCGUGACUGUCAAGUCCGAGAUGGGCCAGCCCAUCCACAAGAUCGCUACCCGUGGUGUUCAGUUGUGGGCUGAGAUGGAUAAGAAGAUAUUUUCGCUUCCCAAGAGCUUGCAGCUGCCUGAGCUUCAGAAGCAGAAGAGCUACAUCAUUGGGCGCCUUAAUAAAGACUUCCAGAAGGUCUGGUUCGGCCACUGCUUCUCAACGGGUAAGGCCGUUGACCUUGUGGAUAUGACUUACCAGGAUGUCGCCCGCCGGAUGGUCAACCUCUUCUAUCUCAGUAAACGCUCCCAGUGGAUUGAUCCCUCAUAUGUUCGCAUCUUUGGUGACUUCAUCCGUCGUAUCGAAGAGCGUCUCCCCUUGUCUAACUGGGAGCUCACACAGCCUAUAUUUACCAGCUACGCUGACUACAAUGAGCCAUUUGAGGUGCUGCGCAACCUUGCCCAUGCCUACCAGGAGAGUCAGACGCAGCUCAUCAACCAAGAGGACCAGGAUUACUUUCUCGCCAUAUGCUGUCGCGCGGGCCAGAAACCCGUUCCCUUCAUACCAGUUAUUGACGGUAAUUUUGAGACCUGGUUCAAGAAGGACUCACUUUGGCAAUCUGAGUUCGUCGAUGCGGUUGUCGACGAGGAUGUGCAAAGGACUUGUAUCCUGCAGGGGCCUGUUGCUGUCACUUACGCGACGCCACGGAACAUCAACGAGCCCGUCAAGGUCAUCUUGGACAAGAUCAACGCGGGCCACCUAGACAGGAUCCUCCAGCAGACCUAUUCUGGUAAUGCUAAUGCAAUCCCCAGAGUUGAAUUUUUCGGUCACCAUGCUUCUCGGAAGUCUGUCCGUCAGCAGGGUCUCUCCAUCUUCACCGGGCCCAAUGCUACCACGUUCAAGAUCCCUACCGAUAUCAAGGAGCUUCCUUCGCCGGAUGAAUGGUUCGAUCUGCUCGCCGGCGAGAAGCUCUCAUGGCGUUAUGCCCUCUUUAAUAGCAAGUACGUCAAAAGCGGACAUAGCAUGAUCCCCAACCCCCUCCGACAAGCAUUUGCGCCAGCACACGACCUGUCUGUCAUCAUCACCGAAAAGCAGCGCCAUGACUGUGUCUCUAUCACAAUGAGCAGUAACGGCACCACUCAAACUGAUCUCUCAAUCUCGACCGAACAUGGCAAUAAGAUCAUCGUUCGCAUGUACUGCUUUGAAAACGCCUGUACCGAGCCGCUGGCUCUUGAGUUCCGCUUCUCGUACCACCCUGAAACUCCCCACUCCCUGCUGCAUGAAGACACCGAAGGGCGUACUGACAGGAUCGUCGACUUCUACAAGAAGGUCUGGCUUGGCAAAACAUACAAGACGCCCGUGCUUCCUGGAGGCUGCCAGGCGUACAAAACCAGUGGUGGCAAACUUCUGAUUACGCAGGAUAUGGUUGAGAAAUUCACGGCCACCAUUGGUGGAGGUAUCCGUCAUACCGACAAAGAGGGCUAUGUGCCGAUGGAUUUCGCCAUCGUGGUUGGCUGGAAGGCUAUGGUGAAGGCUCUCCUGCUUGUGCAAGCCGAUCUGCUUAACCUUGUCCAUCUGUCAAACAAAUUUCGUAUGUAUCCUGCGGCUGUUCCACUCAAGGUAGGAGAGGAGACUGAGAGUUUUGCGCGCACUACUUCCACUAGCAUCUCCGAGACGGGGAAGACUGUCGAGGUCUGCGCAACAAUCAGCAGGAACCAUGUGCCGGUCAUGGAUAUUGUCUCCGAGUUCUUCUACCGCGGCACUUAUACUGACUUCCCCGAGUGCUUCUCCACGAAGAAGGAAGACCUUUGGGAGGUCGACUUUGCUUCUCCUAGCUUGGCCAACCUGCUGCUAUCGAAGGAAUAUAUCACGUGGAAUGAGCAUGUCGAGGCUGAGGAACUCGCCAAGCAGACGCUCACCUUUGAGCUAGAGACCUUCUUCUCACUUAAGUCGAAGAGUGUGUACUCUCACCUUCGCACCAACGGCAAGAUCUUCGCCGCCUCCGCGAGCUCUAAGGUUGCACGGGAGAUCGCUACCGUUCACUACGAUUCGCUUUCCACUGCGACACGUAAUGUCACUAGCAACCCCGUCAUGGGCUACCUUGAGCGCUAUGGAAAGGUAGUUAGUAAACGCCUACCGUUUGAGCGUCCUGUAUGUCUUGACAACACUAGGGAGGGUUUCGUCUUUACUGCACCGGCUAAUAACUCCGAAUACUCGAGGAUCAGCCAGGACUUCAACCCCAUCCACGUUUCGCCUGCCUUCGCGAAGUACGCUGGUCUUCCUGGCCCGAUCACACAUGGUAUGCACACUUCGGCCAUCAUCCGCUCGAUCAUCGAGAUGCGCUGCGCUGAGAAUGAUAUCGCAUCUAUGCGCAACUUCUCGGCUACUUUCACUGGGAUGAUCAAACCCGGCGACAGGGUUGAGGUGCACUUUGAUCAUAUCGCUAUGCUAGAGGGUAAUAAGAUCUUCAAGAUUGAAGCAUGCAAUGUGGCAAGCCAAGAGAGGGUGUUUGUUGGCGAGUGCGAGAUUGAGCCGGUUGAGACAGCCUACAUCUUCACAGGUCAGGGUAGCCAGGAGGUGGGUAUGGGAAUGGAUCUGUACGAGACUUCGUCUGCUGCUCGUGCAGUUUGGAACCGGGCAGAUAAGCACUUUGAUGAGACAUAUGGCUUCCGAAUCUCCGAUAUCGUCCGCAAGAACCCCAAGACACUGACUGUUCACUUUGGCGGUAAGCGUGGUGCCGCUAUUCGUCAGAACUACAUGCGCAUGACCUACGAGUCGGUCUCCAAGACAGGCGCAAAGGAAACCAAGCGCUUCUUCGACAUCAACUCCACCACCCCCAGAUACACCUACCGCCACCCCAAGGGUCUUCUCCUUUCCACUGAGUUCGCGCAACCUGCCCUCACCGUCAUGGAGAAAGCAUCCUUCGAAGACAUGGUAUCGCGCGGGCUCGUCUCGGAUAAGUCCAAAUAUGCAGGCCACUCGCUCGGCGAAUAUGCCGCUCUCUGCGCAAUUGCGAACAUGAUGCCUCUAGAGCAAUUUCUCUCCAUCGUAUUCUACCGCGGCCUAAGUAUGCAAGUCGCUGUCGAACGUGAUGAUGAAGGACGCAGCGAAUUUGGUAUGAUGGCAGUGGACCCCUCGCGCGUGACUAAGAGUUUCGAUGUCAAGAAGCUCGAGGCAACUGUCAUGACUAUUGCUAAAGAUUCGGGAGCGCUGCUUGAGAUAGUCAAUUACAACGUGCAAGACAAGCAAUACGUCUGUGCCGGCACUUUGCGCAAUUUGCAAACACUCACACUAGUCUGCAACGACCUCGCCACAUCCACCACGCCACCCCCCUCGCUCGAAUCUCUCAUCACUAAAUACGUCGACAGCCUAAUCACAGUGGACCCAAAAUCCAUCACUCUUGACCGCGGCAAAGCUACUAUUCCACUCGUCGGCAUCGACGUGCCUUUCCACUCCUCUUUCCUGCGCUCGAACCUCGCUGCUUUUAGGGAAGUGCUGCAGCAAAUCAUUCGUGUGGAUUGCAUAGAUCCCGGCAAAUUGAUUGGCAGAUAUGUGCCCAAUGUUACGGCGAGACCAUUUGAUAUUAGCAAGGAGGCGUUUGAGUACGCAUAUAGUGUUACGGGGAGCGACAGGUUGAAAAGUGUGCUUGAUGGGUGGGUGGAGAUUAAAGGGUAA